AGGUUGUGGCUUGAAAAUCAUGGACAAUCCGCUGCGGGCGCCGGCCGGUGCGGUCAAACCGCUAAAAGGGGGCGUAAUGUCUAGCGAGAUCGUGACGAGACAGGGGGCGCGGGCGACCAUCCAAGGCCGGCGCCCUCCCGGCUCGGGACGCGGUCGAUCCGCAAUGGACCGGGCAGCCCCUGCGCGAGACCCGAUCGCCCGAAAAGGCCAAGAAACCGCGCUUCGCCGGCUUCGGGCGCUUUCGGAGACGCGCAGGCGCUCCGCUGGUGAAAGCAAGACGCCCCCCGGAGGCGCCCGGGCCUUUCGUCCGACCACAGGGGAUUUUUUCGGGAGGGGCCCGCAGCCGGACAAUUCGACCGCGGCAGCUUCCUCGCGCAGGGACUGAUGAAGGCCGGGAUGAAAUUUCACGGCGCAGGUACCUCCGCCCGUUCGACGCAGUGCGCGGGGGCAGCGGCAGCCCGCGAGGGAAAAACAGCGGCGGCCAUGUGGAUUGUCCCGCGGGGCCACCCAGCAGGGCGGCCGAAGCCCUGCAAACGCGGGCCCGCGACGAGCCGCGCUCGCUGUGUGCGCCGCCUGUUAGUUAAGCAGCUGCUGCCUGGGGUCUGUGGCCAUGGGGCGCGCCCACGUGGUGGCGCGGUUGCCUGUUCCGCUGGGGCUGGCAGGGCGAUUCCCUGUUCGCGUUUUUAGUUUUGUUGCAUGCCUGCGCCGGCGUUGUCGCGUGGCCAGUGCAUCAUCUAGCGGGCGCUUGGACAUGCAAGCCGCCCCUUAGCUGCGGGGGGGGAGUCGUGCCCCCCGGUUUCGGCGGCGCGCCGGAAGUGUAUGUCCGUCUGUGCCGCGGGGUUCUGACGGCCAAGCCGCGCGUCGUUUUAUCAAAAAUUUUAAUGUGGUGAGCAGAGAGAGAC